GGUCCUUGAAAUAUCCAGGGGAUCACUGCAUAAAAUGUAUAAUUGCCCAAGUACGCUUUAUGCCUGAAACUAAAAUAAAUAAUAUUGAAUGUCAGCUGUAAUUAAGAAAUAAAAUUUAAAAAAAGAUCAUAGGACACAGAAACAAUUUUGUCAGCAGCAACAACAGAAACCAGGAAGAAGGAAACCAAAAAUCAGAUUUGAAUUACUGAUUUCUCUUGGUACUAAUGGGAGUUAAAAUGCAAUGUUUUCAGAGUACAGUCUGAAGAAAGGGCUGAUAGUAAAGGCAGGAAGUAAGUUUCAGAACGUGAAGGAAACACCUGGGAGAGCAGACAUUGCUUCAGGAUCCCGGGCCUGUUUGAUCUGCCAAGAAGCAAACACCAAAGACACAGCUCCUCCCUUCCCAGGAAACGAAACUGAAAGAAGUGCAGACUCAGCAGCAGAAGAUAGAGAGACUAAGAGUUUCUUGCAGGCAGCUCUGCGACCAAUGCUCUCCUGUCCCUGCCAGAGCGUCAAGAUGGAGCUUAGCAGUACCCCGGCCAGGUAUCUGGACAAGUUCAUCGAAGACCACCUCCUGCCAGACACGCGUUUCCGCAAGCAGGUCAAACUAGCCAUCGAUGUCAUCUGCAGUUUCCUGAAGGAGCGGUGUUUCCUAGGUGCCUCCCACCCUGUGCGGGUGUCCAAAGUUGUGAAAGGCGGCUCCUCGGGUAAGGGCACGACCCUCAGAGGCCGAUCUGAUGCUGAUCUCGUGGUCUUCCUCAGCAAACUCGGAAGUUUUCAGGAGCAGUUUGAUCGCCGAGCAGAGUUCAUCCAGGAAAUCAGAAGACAGCUGACAGCCUGUCAAAGUGAGAGAGGAGUGCAGUUUGAGAUCCGGGGUUCUGCAAGGUGGAACCCCCGCUCACUCAGCUUUGUGCUCAGGUCCCCCGAGAUUGACGAGGGGGUGGAGUUUGAUGUAUUGCCUGCCUUUGAUGCCCUGGGUCAGGUGCCAAAAAGCUACAGAUCUGACUCCCUGGUCCCCGAGUACUACAGACCUGAUCCCCAGAUCUACGUCAAGCUCAUCCAAGAGUGCAAAAACCUGGGGAAAGAGGGCGAGUUCUCCACCUGCUUCACGGAGCUGCAGCGAGCCUUCCUGAAGCAGCGUCCAACCAAGCUCAAGAGCCUCAUCCGCCUGGUCAAGCACUGGUACCAAAUGUGCAAAGAGAAGCUGGGGAAGCCCCUGCCCCAGCAGUAUGCCCUAGAGCUGCUCACAGUCUACGCUUGGGAGCAGGGAAACAAGGAAACUGUAUUCAACACAGCUCAAGGAUUUCGGACUGUCUUGGAAUUAGUCAUGAACUACCAGCAGCUUCUCAUCUACUGGACAAAAUAUUAUGACUUUGAAAAUCCUGUUAUUGGUCAAUACCUGAAGAUGCAGCUCAAGAAACCCAGGCCUGUGAUUCUGGACCCCGCUGACCCUACAGGAAAUGUGGCUGGUGGAGACUCAUGUAGCUGGCCGCGUCUGGCACAACAGGCUGAAGCGUGGUUGAGUUCACAGUGCUUCAAGAAUUGGGAUGGGUCUGCAGUGGGCUCCUGGGACAUUCAACUUCCAGAAGGAAGUGAAGAUGGCUGGACAUGUGCCAUACUCUGAACACCAGUGCUUCUUAGGGAACAGUGCUCCAGUGUCAUCUGAGCCAGCUUCCUCAUUCGAAGGGACCGAACCUUGAUUCAGAGAGGACAGAGGACUGCCCCAAGCUAGCAGUGAGUAGGACAGACCUACAACUAAAAUCCAGGUCUCCUGAUCCCACUCUUCCCACUUUUCUGUGCUUCUCUUCUUUCAUAGAUAGCAUUUUCCUUCAGCAUCCCCCCCCAUCUAUUCUCAGACAAUAUUCUCUGAGACAACAAGAGAAAUAUAGACAAGAGUGGGAUCCCAGCCUUGACGUUCUUCUAUGUACCUGGCAGGAGUGUUUUGGCCCAAUUUAUUACUGCUUACAAUAAAAAUAAUAGCAAAAAAAGUAAAUUGUCUGUCUUGAGGAAAACAAUACAUGUUUCAGAAUGCACAGAGAGGAGAGAAUUUUCCUCCCCCUGCAGAAACCAUGAAUUAGCCCUGGCUGGGUGGCUCAGUUGAUUGGAGUGUCAUCCAUAUACCAAAAGACUGUCGGUUCAAUCCCAGUCAAGGUCAAGGCAAGGUUGCAGAUUCAAUUCCCAGUCAGGGUGCAGAGGGGAGGUAAUGAAUCAAUGUUUCUCUUUCUCUCUCUCUCUGUCUCUCUCUCUGUCUCUCUCUCUU